AUGAAGUUUGGACGCAACCUCGCCCAAUUUACCGUCCCAGAGUGGAGCGCCUCGUAUAUCAAGUACAAAGCGUUGAAGAAGCUCAUCAAGUCGGCGGCGGAGAAAGUUAAGGCAGGACAGGAAGCGGAUUUGGCCGGAUGCCCGGCUUCUUUGGUUGCGUUUGGUGAUAUAGGUUUCUUCUACUCCCUUGAUAGAAAUGUCGAGGACGUCGAUUACUUCUACAACAAAAAAUAUGCCGAGUAUUCCCGUCGGUUGAAGCUUUUGGAGGACCGCUACGGCUACUCCAUGGAGGGUCUUCAUCCAUUGGAGCCCGAGGACCGCCAUGAUCUUCGCGAAGCUCUCUUGGACUUGCGUUACCAUCUCCGCCGCUUACAAUGGUAUGGUGAAGUUAACCGUCGGGGCUUCGUGAAGAUCACCAAGAAAUUGGACAAGAAAGUGGGAGCCCAGGCCCAGAAGCGGUAUUUGGAGACUAAAGUCGAUCCCACCGCGUUCGGCUCAAACACACGCGCCAUUAAGGGCCAGGAGCGCAUCAAUGCCUGGAUGGCUCUUCUGACUGACCAGUCCAAGUCGGAUGAGAAGGUCUUGGAUGAUGUCAGCUCUACUCACUCGGUCCUAUCGCUGAAACGGGGCUCCACUCGGCCCUACCUUAACCUCCCUGCUAGCGUUCUGACAACUGUGGACGAUUCUUUGCGAAAGGAUGAUACCCAUGUUCUGCUUGAGCUGCUCGAGACUCUGAAAACCGCCGCGGAUGAAGCGGGCGAGGGAAUUUUCUCCAGGGUUCUCAAGACUCUAAUUCAGCGAUCGAUCUUGCAUCGCUCACGGGCAUGCCUCAGCGCGUUGGUCAGCCGUGUUGACACUCUCGAGGAAGAUGAUGAUAUCAAUCGGCGUAACUGCUUGCACCGUAUGGUCAUCUCCAUUGGACGCGAACAGCCGACCAAUGACUCUGAACCCGCUGCGUCGAUGGUGCUGGACUUCCCUCCGGAAACGUCCCGCUUCAUUACUCCCGCUGCGCCGCCAACUUUGCAACCUCCUCGUUCGAUUGUCAAGGAGGAGCAUAUGCCCCAGCAGCUUGGUCGUGAUGAUCCAGCUGUUGCUCUUCUCCAGCACUUGCUGGAUGAGUUACGCCCGAACCAGAGGGAGGCUUUGAUGGCGAAGGAUCUUUCUGGUCGCACUCCGUUGCACUAUGCUGCGCAGUAUGGCUUCAAGGUCGUUUGCGAGGUGAUAAUUGAGCAUCUGAAAGCGUGGGAAAUGUUUGACGUGAGUGAGGGGAUCGACGGUACUCUGUGGCAGGACAAUGAUGGAUGGGCCCCGCUGCAUCUCAGUGUGGUGGGUGGCCAUCCGAAGACCACUCGGUGUCUGCUUGAAGCCGAGAAUGACCAGGACCUUUCCAGCGAAAGGGGCCAGGUUCGAAAACAGGUUUCCAAGUCGAGCGCUGUUCUGGCCUUGGCGACCAAGGCCAACUUUGUCGAUAUUGUCCACCUUUUGGUAGAUGCCGGCGUGGACAUCAAUUAUCAGGACGAGCAGGGUGAAACUGCUUUGCAUGUCGCAGCUCGUUUUGGACAUGAUGAAUGUGCUCGAAUUCUGCUCGAGGGCACAGACUAUCAGAAGGCCAACACGGAGCUGGCAGAAAACACCUAUUCAUGGACUCCACUGUUUAUCGCAUCGGUGGAUGGCAAUUUGAAUGUGGCCAAACUGCUCAUUGCCGCUGGUGCUGAUGUGGACCGAUUUGACUCAUCUGGGUGGACAGCGAAGGAACAUGCUGCGCUGCGUGGUCAUCUUGAAAUCGCACGAUGUUUAGCAGAAGUUAGCCCCGGCCCUCCCGCCACCCAGCCUGAACCAGUGGUGCCGGCUCCUUCCUAUAGCCCAUCUCCGUCGUCUUCACCACCUGCUCAGUCGUCCCUAGCUGAUCGGCGGUCGAAUGCGCCGGCUCCCACCUCGGGGGGCCCUGGGCCGCGAAAUGCUGAACUUAUUAAGACUUUUGGACAUCGGUAUCUUACCGAUGAGACCAUGAUUCUGGUCAGCCUGGGAACGAUGGACAUGCGUAAGCCCCUGGAGACCGUCAAUCUUGACCGAAUUCCCAUGGAAGAUGCACAUGCGACACAGCUGGAUACAACCCUGUCCUUGGUAGUCACUGCCAGCGGUGCCCAUGGAGAGCCGGAAGUGAUUGACCUGCCUGUACAGGAUAACAUCUCGACGGAGCCUAUUGUCUUCCACACAACGGAUCCCAGCAAGGUCCGUCUGCUCUUUGAUCUUGUGCCUACAUAUGCGGGAUCUAAGGACCAGAUUGUCGGUCGGGGCGUUGCACUUCUCUCCAGCAUCAAGCAAACUAUCGGGUCGCAACGAAUCAACCUCAAGGGUGACUCCACUGUUCCUAUCGUUGCCGCCAACACCCUGGAGGUUAUCGGUUCUGUGACUUUCAAUUUUCUGGUCAUCACCCCCUUCAAGCACCCAAAUAUGUCGGUCACUGGUAACCAGACCUAUUGGCGCUCCAUGAGUUCCACCAUGGUCAUCGGUCAUCGUGGUCUGGGUAAGAACAUGGCUAGUCGCAAGUCUCUCCAACUGGGUGAAAACACAAUCCAGUCAUUCAUCGCGGCUGCAAAUUUGGGUGCCUCUUAUGUGGAGUUUGACGUCCAGCUUACCAAAGAUCAUGUCCCUGUCAUCUACCAUGAUUUCCUCGUUAGCGAGACAGGUAUUGAUGCUCCCGUGCAUACCCUGACACUUGAUCAAUUCUUGCAACUCGGUAAGAGUCAACACAAGAGUAUCUUGCCAGACGGCGUGGACGUCGGCAGCCCAGGCCUUGGUCCCCGCCAACGAUCAAUGUCUGUUGGCGGAUCUGAAUAUAACCCCGCUGAAUUGACCGAGAAAAUCAAGCAUACCCGUGAUUUCAAGACAAAGGGAUUCAAGGGUAACACUCGUGGCGAGCACAUCCAAGCCCCAUUCGCUACUCUCGAGGAGCUGUUCAAGAAAAUUCCCACACCCGUCGGGUUCAACGUCGAAUUGAAAUACCCCAUGCUCCACGAGAGCGAGGAGGAGGAGAUGGACACCUACGCAGUGGAGUUGAACUCCUUUGUCGACACUAUCCUCACCAAGGUCUAUGACCUAGGUGCCGGCCGCGACAUAAUCUUCUCCAGCUUCAACCCUGACGUUUGCCUUCUGCUCUCUUUUAAGCAGCCAUCCAUCCCAGUCCUCUUCCUUACCGACGCUGGUGCUUCGCCUGUCGGCGACAUUCGUGCUAGUAGUCUGCAAGAGGCCGUCCGAUUUGCUUCACGAUGGAACCUCCUCGGUAUCGUCAGCCAAGCCGAGCCGCUAGUCCUAUGCCCUCGUCUUGUUCGCAUCGUCAAAGAAUCGGGUCUCGUCUGUGUAUCGUACGGCGCACUGAACAAUGAGGGUGUUAACGUGGACUACCAAGUCGCGGAAGGUAUCGAUGCAGUUAUCGUCGAUUCUGUUCUCGGCAUUACCAAUGGUCUCAUUCAACGCCAGAACAAGGGUGAAUUUACCCCAGGUCCCUCGCCGAACCCUGCUCCUAUCGGCGACAAGGCUGCAGACUCAGCCAAGGGUGCUGUUCAAGUGCCUGUUCUCGGUGGUCCGAAGUAA